AUGUCUCUCGGAAAGAAGGUUACUCUGAACACUGGUGCUGAGAUCCCCCAGCUGGGUUUCGGUACCUGGCAAUCUGCCCCUGGAGAGGUCGGCGAAGCUGUCUACCAUGCCUUGAAGGCUGGAUAUCGUCACCUGGUAUGUUUUUAUCCAAACUACCAAAACCAGCGUGAAGUUGCCGACGGCAUCAAGAGGGCUUUCAAGGAUAUUCCCGGCCUCAAGCGUGAGGAUCUGUUCAUCACAUCCAAGCUGUGGAAUAGCCAGCACCACCCCGACGUCGUUGAAGAGGCCCUCGACAAGUGCCUGGCUGAUCUCGAGCUCGACUAUCUUGAUCUCUACCUCGUCCACUGGCCUGUGGCCUUCAAAACCGGCGAUGUCUACUUCCCCCUCAUCAAGGAUAGCUCCGUUCCCGGUGGUGACGUUGAGAUCGAUGACAGCAUCUCCAUCGUCGACACCUGGAAGGCCAUGAUCAAGCUCCCCAAGAGCAAGGCCCGCGCUGUGGGUGUCUCCAACCACACCAAGGAGCACAUCGAGGCUCUGAUCAAGGCCACCGGCGUCGUCCCCGCCGCCAACCAGAUCGAGCGCCACCCCCGCCUGCAAAGCAACGACCUGGUCGCCUACUGCAAGGAGAAGAACAUCCUCAUCACCGCCUACUCCGCUUUCGGCAACAAUGUGAUCGGCCUGCCCCUGCUGAUCGCCAGCGACGAGGUCAAGCAGGUCGCCAGCGACGUCUCCAAGAGACUCGGCCACGAAGUCUCCCCCGCCCAGGUCAUCCUCGCCUGGUCCCAGUUCGGCGGCCACAGCGUCAUCCCCAAGUCCGUUACGCCGUCGCGCAUCGCCGCCAACUUCCAGGAGAUCGAGCUCACCUCUGAGGAGUUCGAGAAGGUGUCGGAGCUGGGCAAGCAGCGCCGUCGCUUCAACAUCCCCUACGCAGCGUAUAAGCCUCGGUGGAACAUCAACAUCUUCGGCGAGGAGGACGAGAAGCCGGCCACCCACAAUGUCAUUGUCUAA